CACUCUGCACGCUCAGCAGGCACUGAGGCAGAGCGGCUCUCUGGUCCGAGCACUGCUGCUACAUUGUAACCCAUAAGUAUGUCUGCCUCCCGUACAGUCAUAUGUCUACUGAGAAACGACCUGCGUCUCCACGACAAUGAGCUUUUCCACUGGGCUCAAAGAAAUGCAGAGUACAUUGUCCCACUGUACUGCUUCGACCCAAGACAUUAUGUGGGAACCUACAACUACAACCUACCAAAGACUGGGCCUUUCCGCCUGCGCUUCUUACUGGAGAGUAUCAGGGACCUUAGAAACACAAUGCUCACCAAGGGCAGCAACCUCGUGGUGAGACGGGGAAAGCCAGAGGAGGUAGUUGCAGAUCUCAUCAAGCAACUGGGCUCUGUCAGCACUGUGGCGUUUCAUGAGGAGGUGACCUCGGAAGAACUGAACGUCGAGAAACGAGUGAAGGAUGUCUGCGCACAGAUGAAUGUCAAAGUUCACACCUGCUGGGGGUCGACACUGUACCACAGGGAUGAUCUUCCAUUUCACCACAUGUCCAGGCUGCCUGAUGUGUACACUCAGUUCAGGAAGGCAGUGGAGACCCAGAGCAGGGUGAGGCCUCUGUUCCCAACCCCAGAGCAGCUAAAGCCUCUCCCAAAAGGGCUGGAAGAAGGAGCCAUUCCUACAGCAGAGGACCUGGAACAGACAGAGCCUUUGGCUGAUCCUCGCUCAGCUUUCCCCUGCAGUGGUGGUGAAAGUCAUGCUCUGGCCAGACUCAAACACUAUUUCUGGGACACUGAUGCAGUUGCAACCUACAAGGAGACUCGUAAUGGCUUGAUUGGUGCAGAUUAUUCCACUAAAUUUGCACCUUGGCUGGCGAUGGGUUGCAUUUCACCCAGGUAUAUUUAUCAUCAGAUCCAGCAGUAUGAGAGGGAGCGAACAGCCAAUCAGAGCACAUACUGGGUCAUUUUUGAACUUUUGUGGAGGGAUUACUUCAAGUUUGUAGGCGUCAAGUAUGGAAACAGACUGUUUCAGAUCAAAGGACUUCAAGAGAAAUCGGUUCCAUGGAAAAAGGACAUGAGGCUGUUCAAUUCUUGGAAAGAGGGACGAACAGGAGUGCCCUUCGUGGAUGCCAACAUGAGAGAGUUGGCAAUGACAGGCUUUAUGUCCAACAGGGGGCGGCAGAAUGUUGCUAGCUUCCUCACAAAGGACUUGGGCCUGGACUGGAGGAUGGGAGCUGAGUUGUUUGAAUACCUUCUGGUUGACCAUGAUGUCUGCAGCAACUACGGCAACUGGCUGUACAGCGCUGGCAUAGGAAAUGACCCCAGAGAGAACAGGAAGUUCAACAUGAUAAAGCAAGGCCUCGACUACGACGGCAAUGGCGACUAUGUGCGGCAGUGGGUUCCUGAGCUGCAGGGGAUCAAGGGAGCUGACGUUCACACGCCCUGGACCCUCAGCACUGCUUCGCUGUCGCAUGCCCAUGUGUCCCUUGGUGAGACCUACCCCACCCCCAUCGUCAUGGCACCUGAAUGGAGCAGACACGCUAACAAGAAACCAAGUGGCACAGGGCCUUCACCAAGAGGAAAGAAGGGCGCUUCUCACACUCCCAAACAGCAUCGUGACAGAGGCAUUGAUUUCUAUUUCUCUAAAAGCAAAAACCUGUGACCUCUCUGAAAGCAAACAUUGAACACGUGGACGGAUGGAAGCUCCAGUGACGCAAAUUUGGACUGUUGCUGUAAAAAAUCUGUGUUGCGCACUGUCGGAUUGAUUUGAGGGAAGUUGUCUGAUGAGGAUUUGAGGAAAUGCAUGUUCUGCUUGUACACUUGAUCUACACGUAUGCCAUCAGUUCUUGAGAAAAAUAGUCCCCAUAAAGUGCCUUUUAUGGACUGGUUUCCUGUUAGACGGCAGCAACUGAUAAAGCCACAAUGUGGGUUUUAGUUUGAUGCAGUGGAACAUCUAUCUGCUGAUGGUCUUGUGCAUAUAGAUUUUCCUCGCUGUCUUCUUAUGUCUGUUUGGAUAAACAGUUUAUUUUCUUUUUUUUAAAUUCUUUUUAAGAGGUAGCCAAUCUGUUGCAGUUACAAAA